CCUUAACCGUUACACGGUUAAAAACAGCUAUCCCAUGCCCCACGCGGAUGAGCUGUUUGACCGUCUGGCAGGCAACCGCUUCUUCACGAAGAUCGAUCUUCGUAGCGGUUACCACCAGAUCCGCGUUGCCGCAGAGGACCAGCCGAAGACCGCCUUUCGGUCGCGCUUCGGCCACUACGAGUUCACGGUGAUGCCAUUCGGCCUCACCAAUGCACCCGCCACCUUCCAGACGGUGAUGAACGACAUCUUCAGGGACAUCCUUGAAGAAUACGUUCUCGUAUACAUGGACGACAUCCUGGUCUACAGUCGUACCUUAGAAGACUAUAUCAGACACCUCCGCGAUGUCCUACAGCGCUUACGCAAGCAUGGCUUCUAUGCCAAGCUCAGUAAGUGCCGCUUUGCCCAGCUCAAAGUGGACUUCCUAGGACACCAUGUGUCUGACCUGGGUCUCCACAUGGACGACGCGAAGAUCACUGCUAUUGCAGAGUGGCCCGUCCCCACAUCUGCCAAGCAGCUUCGCGACUUUCUAGGCCUCACCAGCUACUAUAGUAAUUUUAUCCAGGGAUGCGCUAGGUAUUCCUACGUCCUUACCUCCACCCUCCUCCGGAAGAACCCGCCUUGGUUUUGGACACCCCUCUGCGAGGACGCCUUCCGCGCCCUCAAGAAGGCGGUGACUUGCGCGCCGGUUCUUCGCCUUCCCGAUUUUGAUCGUCCCUUUAUCGUCACCACCAAUGCGUCAGAUUUUGCAGUAGGAGCUGUCCUUUCUCAGGUGUUUCCCUCUCCUCCAGAUUCACCUUACCCCCAUGUUCCUUCUUUCCCCCCCCCUCCUGCUGACAUUGCUUCUCGACUGACGCCUAUCCUACCACCACUUCCCUCCACUGACAGUCCUCCCAUUACUUACUCCCCGACCAUCGCGGAGGAUGGGACGGUCAAGGCUCGUGCUGGGGAUUGUCCGAUCGCUUUCUACUUCCGUCAUCUACUACCUGCCGAGAUAAACUACACUGCCGAUGAACGUGAGGUUCUCGCAGUAGUUUAUGCUACCCGGCAUUGGCGUCAUUAUCUGCACGGGGCGCCCUUCACGGUGCGCACGGACAACUCAGUUGUCCAGGCUUUCCUCACGAAGCCUAAGCUUUCCCCUCGACAGGCACGCUGGUGGCGUGACUUAUCCGAGUUCAGUUUCACCACUCAGCCCAUCAAGGGUGAAACGAACCGCGUCGCCGAUGCCUUGUCCCGCCGUCCUGAUCACAAUCAAGAUCCCAUCCAUCUUGCUGCCAUCUCCAUCACCAGUGUUGAUCAGUCGGUGAUCGACGUGUAUCGAACUCAGUACCGCCACUGCCCCGAUUAUCGCGUCAUCCACGCGACACUGCGGAGUGGCAAGACCGUUCCUUCCUACUCCCUCGGGGAGAACGGCCUCGUGUACUGGCAUGGCAGAUCUGGUCAGCUAGAACCACGUAUCUGCGUUCCCUCCACCGGACAGCUCCGCGUCCAGGCUGUAGCAGAGUUCCAUGACCAGGCAGCUGCCGGUCAUAUGAGUUUCCACAAAACGUUGACUCGUGUUUGCCGCCUAUACGUCUGGCCGAAGUCCAAGGACUUUGUCAAAGCCUAUAUCCAGGAGUGUUCUACCUGCCAGGAGGUGAACAGUGCAAACCACCUUUCGUAUGGGUUACUUCAGCCCCUACCCAUACCUGAAGGUCGUUGGCAGUCUAUCUCGAUGGAUUUCAUUGGUCCCUUCCGCCCACCCACUCAGCGUGGUCAUGAUGCUAUCUUGGUCGUCGUCGAUCGCUUCACGAAGCGUGCACGUUUUGUUCCGUGCCGCUAUCGCAUUAGCGCUCGUGAGGUCGCCGACAUCGUCUUCGACCGAGUCGUGAGAGAUCACGGCUUACCUCAGAGCAUCAUCUCCGACCGUGACCCGCGCUUUACCAGCACAUUCUGGCGACGCCUACACGAGGUGUACGGAUCCCAGCUCCGCUUCUCAUCGUMUUACCACCCUCAGACGGAUGGUCAGACUGAGGUCACCAACAAAACUCUCGGUAAUAUCCUCCGAAAGUUUGUUAGGGAUGACCAGCAGUGGGACUUACACUUAGCCCACGCGGAGAUUGCGUACAACCACACUUUUUCGCCAGCCACGGGGAUGUCGCUAUUCUAUUGCGACCUCGGCUACCACCCUCGCAUACCUGCGGAUUUCCUACGACCAUCGCGGUUGCGCCCAGACAUUCGUUGCCCUGCGCUUGACGACUGGAUCGCCCACAUGACGGCGAUUAUGAAGCGCGCACACGAGAGUUUAUCCGACUCCCAGACUCGCAUGGCCGCACGAGCGAACCGAUCACGAAUGGAUCAUCCAUUCAAAGUCGGUGACGAUGUGCUCGUCAACGCACGCCACUUACAGCUCGAAGCAGAUAUGCUUCGCAAGUUCAGGCGUCGUUUCUUCGGUCCAUGCCGCAUCCUUCAAGCCGUCGGCUCUGAUACUGCCGCUAGUCUGGUCAGCUUCCGUGUGAAGCUACCUGAUUACCUUCGACAGGCUCGCGUACACGAUGUUUACCACGUCUCCUUGCUGCGUCCUUAUCGCAGACCGUCCGAGCGCUUCGCCGGACGCCCUUAUGAGCGCCCUCCACCUAUCAUGGUGGACGGUCACGAGGAGUUCGUUGUUUCCGACAUUGUAUCACGCCGAGUUACCGACGAUACCCCUCCACGCAUCGAGUACCUUGUGCGUUGGAAGGGCUACCCUGAUGAGGAGGCUACUUGGGAGCCCCUCGAGCACUUGCAACACGCCAGGAUGUUGGUCCGUGCAUAUGAUCGUGCUCGUUGUGCUGGGACAUCUGCUUCUACUCAGCCGACUGACCCUCUUCCUCCUCCUCCGGCUGAGGAGAUCGCUGAGGAUGAGCCCGCUCCCUCUGAGGCCAUUCCUCAGCCGCAGAUGGUCGCCUCCGAGCGUCCACAGCGCACKCAUCGUCGCCCUUCACGUUACGAUGACUGACACUCUUAUCCUCCAUCUUUCCCCACUGACUCACACCAUCAGGUACUCCAUCAUCAGCUCUUCUUCAGGAUGUCAGCGUUUUGCGGCUCUGCUUCGACAUC